GCUCGCUGCUACUGCUGCAGUGUCUCCGAGGCAGGCAGGCGGCCUGUCUCUAUCCGUCUCCUUCGCUGGCCUCCCCCCCGACUAGUCCUCGAAGCAGCAUCCCCUUCGCCGGCGGCAUGGCUGGCGUGAGCUUCGGCGCCAACCGCCUGGAGCUGCUGGCCUCGUAUCAGGAGGUGAUCGCGGAGGACAGCCCCACCGACUGGGCUAUAUACACCUAUGAGGAUGACUCUGACAACCUGAAACUGGCUGCCUCAGGAACUGGUGGCCUGCAAGAGCUCUCCAGCCAUUUUGAGAACCAGAAGGUGAUGUAUGGAUUCUGCAGUGUCAAAGACCCACAGGCCACCCUACCGAAAUACGUUCUUGUCAACUGGGUAGGAGAAGAUGUAGCUGAUGCCCGCAAGUGUGCCUGUGCCAGUCAUGUAGCCAAGGUUGCUGAGUUCUUCCAGGGCGUGGAUGUAAUUGUCAAUGCUAGCAGCGUGGAAGACAUCGAUCCAGGAGCCAUUGGGCAGCGGCUCUCUAAUGGCUUGGCCCGCAUCGCGAGCCCGGUGCUGCACCGUCUUCGCUUGCGCGAGGAUGAAAACGCCCAGCCUGUGGGUACAACCUAUCAGAAAACUGAUGCAGCUGUGGAGAUGAAGCGACUCAACCGGGAACAGUUCUGGGAGCAAGCCAAGAAAGAGGAGGAGCUGCGCAAAGAGGAGGAACGGAAGAAAGCCCUGGAUGAGCGGCUGCGCUUUGAGCAAGAGCGCAUGGAGCAAGAGAGGCAGGAGCAGGAAGAGCGAGAGAAGCGCUACCGGGAGCGAGAGGAACAGAUCGAGGAGCACAGGCGAAAGCAGCAGAGCCUGGAAGCGGAGGAGGCCAAGCAGCGGUUGAAGGAACAGUCCAUCUUUGGGGAGCAGGAGGACGACGAAGACAGGCAGCAGCCCAAAAAGUCUGAGUCGGAGGUGGAGGAGGCAGCUGCCAUUAUUGCCCAGCGGCCCGAGAACCCCCGCGAGUUCUUCAGGCAGCAAGAGCGAGUGGCUUCGGCCGGUUCAGAGACAGCCCCACCCUUCAGCAGAACAGGCAGCCAGACGGACACGCACAGAAAGGUAUCUGCCUCCGCCAGCAGCCCCUGCGACUCCAGUACAGCCUCGACGCCUGUCGGCGAGCAGAUCGAGCGUGCCCUGGAUGAGGUAACGCAGCAGGAUGCUUUGAAAGAUUCCUCCAGCCCAAGCAGUGAAGAGACAGCAGUGGCACCUGCUACAAAGUGGGCUCCUCCCAGUGUGGAGCAACCAGUGGAGAAGGCAGAAGAACCUCCCGGGGAGUCAACCUGGCCAGAAGCUGACUGGACGGAGCCUCAGCAAGGCGGGACAGGCCCCCUGGAGGGCCUGGUGUUCCCAGAGUCCAAGGAGGAGCCUCCAUUCCCAGAAGCCCCGCCUCCCAAAGAAGAGCCUUUCUUCCCAGCAGCCCCACUGCCCAUGCAGAAUGAAGGGGCACUGGAUCUGGGGGAGGCCUUUGGGUUUUCCCAGCCACCUGCUCCCCCAUCAGAAAACCUCCUUGACCUGUGGCAGAAUGACAGCGCUGUCCCAGAGCCCACCCCGCCUGACGCCUGGCAGAUCCAGGGUGGGCCCCCCACUCCUGCCCCGUGGGACCUUCACGAUGGGCCUCCCGCAGCUGCCCCCAUGCUGGUUGAGGUGGGUGCCCCCCCAGGGGCACCGGAGCCCCCCGCCUCUGCAGGCCUCUCUGAUGAUAACCUGCUGAAUUUCAAUGACCUGCCCGAGCCGCCGGCCACCUUCUGCGACGCUGAGCAGGAUGAAGAGCCAGCGAGCAUGAUUGCCAUCGAAGGGCUGCACCAGAUGACACUCAGCUACCAGCAUGCCCUGCAGGAAGCCUCUGGGGUGCACCAGGAGCCCCAGCUGCUCACCAAUGGGGAGACAGCCCCAAAGGAAAGCACGCAGACCAGUGAGGGUUAUUUCAGCCAAUCACAAGAUGAAGACUUCAAUCAGCCGGAAGAACCUUCUGCUAAAGCUCCUCCACCAGUGUUCUACAACAAGCCCCCAGAGAUCGAUAUCACCUGUUGGGAUGCUGACCCAGUGCCAGAAGAGGAAGAGAGCUUCGGGGGCAACGUUUAAGAGCCGCUCCCGUGCCCAGCUCCUGUAUCCUGCACCUCGCAAGCCCAGCGUGUGCAAGCCUGGGGCAGCCGCAGUGAGGGCCUGGUGCCUGCUUGCUCUGUAUUGUAGCCCUGCGGUCCAAGGCCUCAGAUGGUACCCCAGAUAGCCAGAUAGGAUGUUCUCUGUGGUACUCCGGGGUAACUUUUCCAGCGCACGCGCGCUCUCUCUCUCUCUCUCUUUCUCUCUCUCUCUCUUUUUCUAAUGUUGUCAAUAGGAAACGUGUAAAUCUGCCUGGUCCCCUCUUUGUUGGUAGCUUCCUUGCAGCCCCCUUGCCAUUUCCCAAUUGCCUCUGCCUGUUGGGGUUUGUUUUUUUUCUGACCUCCCCACCCGCAAUGCCACUGAUGCCAUGUGGGUUCAUCUCCUGUGUGUGCUGCUCUUGGGGGAGGGGAUGGGGAGGGGCCCUUCCUCCCUUCAGAAGACUCUGCCCAGAGCGUUGAAUAUUUUGCACGAAUUUAAAAUAAAAAAUAUGGCAAUAAGAUGGCCCUCUGUGGGCAAAGCUCUGGCACUCAUCCCUUACCUUCUCCAUUUGGCCCCAAACACAGCCAGGGGCCCAGGGACGCGAUGAGGGCCCCUCCUGUAGAGCUCUGGGCUCCAACAGCAGUUCGUGGCAAAAAACUUGUCCCACCCACCACUUGGCUCCACGGUCCCCGUGUUGGAGAGCAAGCCCAUUCCAGACCCUUCUCCGUAGGCCUUUCUUUGCCCUGGGAGCCUGGGACAAGGGGAGACUCUGGGUGGACCCCUCUUUUCCCCCACCCCUCUUUCCUCUUCCAUUCCAUGCUUGGUUUCCUUUCUCUCACGUACAGUAACUGUUUUUUUGAAAGCACAAAUUCUGUAACAGCAAAUGUGCUUAUGUAUGU